UUUUCUCAAGAGUCCAAUUCGCCAUCGAAUGGUCCGUACAGCGCGUGCUUUGCUCCACUGCGCUUCCGGCGGCCCUCCCCAUUGUCAACACGCUGGGUCUUCAUUUCCCACUGCGUCCCUGUUGUCCCAGCGUUCACACGCUGCUGCACGAGCCACCCUGCUUUUUGGCGGCCUCCUCCUUCUUCGCUGCUGCACCCGUGAAGCUUCUUGCCCUGGCCAUGGCCCGACGGACAAUGAUGACCACGUCGUGCACCCCGGCAAACUUCCUGCCGUGUCUGCCGCUGUAGUCUCCCUUUUACACUGCGUUUUCAGAUGUGUCAGUUCCACACCACUGCAGCGCUUGUGAAGCUCUCGUUCUCCUCUCCCUCUUUCUUAAUUCCUUUCCGGCGUGCGGAGGGAGCAGGGGCCGCGGCCGCGCGCAGUGCUCGACCACCCGCUCGCCCUCUGCCGGCGCGCGCCGCUCAACUGCUGCGGGGCACAAGAUCCGGCCACCGCGGGCAGAGCGGCGCCGCCAGGCACCGCGGCUGCUGCAGCUCGGCUGGGCGCCGCCCGAGCCGCGUCGUUCCUCGCCCUGGAUCCAGCGGCCGUGCGCAAGGGAGAGGAGGGGGGAGGGCUGGCGGCGCUCGGGUCCGAUGAGGGUGGCGCGAAUCUGCGGCGCGGCUAGCAGGCGGAGAGCACCUGUCUCCGCGAGAUCCGGCGGCCCGGCGGCAUCCGGCCUGCUCCUUGCCCCUGGAUCCGGCGACCCCUCUCCUCCCUUGCCGACCCUCUGUUCUCCUCCCUCGCCGGCGAUCGAGGCCGCGCAACCGCGCCGCGACCGACGCCGGGCCAGGCAGCCGUGCUGCCACCGAGGCUGCGCAGCCGCGCCGCGAGGCGGAGGCACGGCGCCCGGCGGCCCUGGCGAGACGGCGUUGGUCCAUGGCGCUCGCAGCCGCAUCCCUGCGGACCUCCGACCUCGUCGAGCAAGUCCAUGGCGGCGGCCGGAUGCCGGCGGCCCUCCUCCCUCACCGCGCUGUCAUCCCCGCGCAAGUCUUCGGUUGCUCUGUUUUCUGUAUGCAUCCCUGUCGCCGGUGUCAUCGGCAUCGCCUUCGCCGUCAUGCAGUGGGUGCUCGUGUCGCGGGUGAACCUCUCCCCGGCCGCGGCCGCCAUGGGCGGCAGCAAAAACGGCUACGGCGACUACCUCAUCGAGGAGGAUGAGGACCUCAACGACCACAACAUCGUCGUCAAGUGCGCCGAGAUCCAGAACGCCAUCUCCGAAGGUGACGGAGCAUGGCCUCCUCCCUCCCCCUUCCUUGGCCGGUGCGACCAUCUGCGGCGGGCCUCCCUCUCCCUCCCUGGCCGGUGCGCAGAGCUGCUGCGGCAAGCUGGGUUUGGCCGGCCACGGGGAGGCCGGAGCCACAGGAAUGGCCUGCCGGACAGCGACUACCUCAGGUGGCGGUGGCAGCCGCACGGCUGGACAUUCUCAGGCAGGCCCGGCCCUGAGGGGAUUUAG